AUGGGGAAUAAGAAUUCGCGUGUUGCACCAACGAAAACUCUUCAUAUCUUCGAUAAUCAAACUCGAGCACGUUAUCGAAACCAACGUGAAUCCAAUAAUCUCCGAUCAAAAAUGCGCCAACUUCAUGCUCAACAUCACGAUGAAAUUUCGCGAAUAACUUUCGAUCAGCAAGAUGUGAAAACGAAAUUACAUGAACUACAUUACGAUAAAGUCCAACGAGAACUCUUCAAAAAUAUUGAUAAAGAACGUCCGAAAAGUCGAUUAUCAACGUUCAAUCUUCCUGCUAUUGAUGGUAACCCACCAGAAACGUCCAGUCUUCUUCUGUAUAAUCUCUACGACUCGCGACGUCGGGAGAAUAGGGAAACAUCUCUCAAAAAGCCGAAGCGAAAUAAACCACCGAGUGCUUAUGAAACAUUUCAAUUACAAUAUGCAUCGAAACUUGAUCUGAAAGAUCGCCGAGUGAGUCAGACAGAAGCGGCGCUCGUCUCCAAUUCCCGAAUGUUACAACGAGAAACUGAACAAAUGAAGAAAUCAAUUCAAACUGCGGUUGCCAAAGCAGCUCGAGAUUCGAAUAUAAGAGAAAAGGGCAAGAAUAAAAACACACACACACGACUAGUAAGCUCACGCGCGUCGUGA